CUGACGUCACACUGGCUUGUUUUGGCCGUUUGUGUCGAUAUCCGGCGAUCAAACGCUGUCGAUGUGCUGGAUAUUGUGACUGAGAGAUUUCUGUGUGUGCAUGGGUGUUUGUGUGAGAGGGAGACGGUGGACGACUCAGGGAGUCUGUGUGUCUUAUCAUGGCUGACGGGUCCAGUGAUGAUGAUGUCAUCCACCUGGCUAGCUUCAACACCCAUCGCAGUCAAGCUAAAAGGGUUAGGACUAGGACGUCCUACAUAACAAUAUCCUCAUCAUCGGAUUCUGAUGAUGAACCUGUUAGAUUUGUACCAAACGGCACUGUUGUAGUCAAGGAUGAUGAAGAGGAGGAAGAAGUCAGCAUCUUGGAGCCCCAGCCCUCACCUCAUCGUGAGCUUAUCCGACCUGCUGCCAAGUGGGGUGCGAGCACUUUCCAAAGCCUGGCAUCUGGAUCCUGCAGACAUCCUACCAGCACACACGCUCAUCCUCCUUCUGUAGUCGCCGCACAUCCUACAUUAGGAAACCAAGCCAUAGGUGUCUUAACCACGGACCAGAAUGCUGUACCUUCGACAUCUAGAGAACAUGCCUUGCGCAGACCUCCGUUGCGUGAUAAGGACUUACUGCCUCUUCAAACGGACCCUUCAUCUAGCACAAACUCAGUGAAUCAGGCCAAUUCUGCAUUUUCACCUCCUUCCACCACUGAAUCAGGUCAGUCAGACUCGGGCCAUAAAAUCGAAGUUGUUGUUUGGCCGAGAAAUGAAAGGACCAUAAAAAGACCUCGGACGCCACAAGAGACUGUAUUAGUAGAGGUCAGACGAGACGAGCAGCCAUUGGCUCCUGUUAUCCCUGCACAAUUACCCGCACUGGCUGACAAUGAGAGGCCUGGACCGUCAGUGCCCAGAGAACCCCUAAUACCGCAGGACCCUCACAGGACGUCCCUCGAUCUCCUGGUGAAGGGGGUGAUGGACCUCUUUCCCGAUGUGCAGGAUGCAUAUGUAGCAGAAUUGAUAGAGAGAGGUGACCUGAAAGAUUUAAAUGUAAUAUGCAAUAUAUUGUUGGAAAAUCCUGACUAUCCGAAGAAAGCAAACUCAGUUUUGACUCAAAGUAGUGUUCUCCUCGAGACGAACGAUUCUGAGACGCAGGAGAGUGAAAAUUAUUUUGAUUAUUUCAAACUUAAGACUGUUGGCCCAGAGGUUGUCGUUCAGGCUGCAGACAUGCUGAUGGGUGACUUCAGAAUGUUGAGCUGUCAGGAUAUCAAAUGGGCACUGAAUUGCCUCAAAGGACACUAUGCAAUCACCCGAAAGGCCUUAUUCGAAGCCCUUAAGAAGUGGCAAGAGAACUCCACUGACCCCUCAGGGAAGAAGAAGAGAAGGAGAGAGCCAAAUGAGCGUGCCUGCAUAGACUUCAAAUUUGAGCAGGGUUCUUUUAAACUGGAGAGAAAGAUGUACUUUUUGGAGAAGAAUCGCAGGUGGAGCCGAGGUAAUGAGACUACACUGGAGGCGUCUCUCGUGAAAGAGCUGCAGUUUUACGAGCAGAAAGCCAAGGAAAUGGCUGAGCAUGAAGAUUUUCUUUUGGCUUUGCAAGUCAACGAGGAGCAGUAUCAAAAGGACGGGCAGUUGAUUGAGUGUGGCUGCUGCUGUGGGGAGUUUGCCUUUGAGGAGAUGACCCAGUGUACAGAUGGCCAUCUUUUCUGCAAGGAGUGCUUGGUGAAAUACGCCCAAGAGGCAGUGUUUGGCUCAGGAAGGUCAGAGUUGAGUUGUAUGGAUGGGAACUGCACCUGUUCCUUCCCUAACAGUGAGCUGGAGAAAGUUUUACCUGAAAACAUUCUUUGCAAAUAUUAUGAGCGGCAGGCAGAGGAGGCCGUAGCAGCCACCUGUGCUGAUGAACUGGUCAGGUGUCCAUUUUGUAACUUCCCAGCACUUUUGGAUAAAGAUGUUUCUUUAUUCAGUUGCCCGAACCCUCGCUGCCGAAAGGAGAGCUGCAGGAAGUGCCAUGUGGUGUGGAAGGAGCACGCAGGAAAGACCUGUGAGCAGGUGCUGGAGAGGGACGAGAUCCGCCUGCGGGUGGCCUUUGAGGAGAAGAUGACGGCUGCCCGUGUCAGGAAGUGCCACAAGUGUGCCACAGGUCUGGUGAAGUCAGAGGGCUGCAACCGAAUGUGGUGCCGCUGCGGCGCCUACAUGUGCUACCUCUGCCGAGAGCCAAUCAACGGCUACAACCACUUCUGCCAGCACGCCCGCUCGCCCGGUGCUCCCUGCAGACACUGCAAGAAGUGCUCGCUUUGGACGGACCCCACGCAAGACGAUGAGCGAAUCAUUCAGGAGAUUCAAAAAGAAGGUGAAGCGGAGUUAAAUAAGAAGACCACUCAGCCGAAUCAGCCAGAAACCACAGGGAAGAGAGUGGGCCCUCCUCCUGAGCCCAUCCCAGCCAAGCGUCCUCGGGUGACGCCGCCAGCCCCAAACGCAGCUCCUCAGGCUGUCCGUGCACCGCUGCUCAUCCCGCAGGUCAUGCUGCCUGGCCCGCAGCGCCUCUUCCUUCAGCCCAUUCCAGCCCCAUACGUGCCCCCGCUGCCCAACCUCCCCCCGGUGAACUACCAACCUCGAAAUCUAAACUUUGACUUCAAUAUGCCUAUGCACUAUGGACCACCGCAUCGCUUCUUCAGACCUCUUUGAGGAACACCCCGGUACAAAGAGACACUUCUGAACUCUUAAAUAAAAAUUCCAGGCUUCUGUGUCUUAACCGUUAGCCCUCACUGUUUUUUUGUUGUUUUUUUCUACGUAUUUUGUAACAGGAACCAGACUGAUUUUGGGGAGAGUUUUAAGGAUACCUGUUAGAUUUACUUCUAUGUUGAAAGUCAUUUUUUUGAACAACAUGCAGAGUCAAUAAUAUGAACGUCUGUUAGUUUUCAGUUGAAUAAAACAAAGACCUUGAUGGGAAUUUAA